ACAACAUGGCGACUCAGUGCUGAGGUAGCAGCCCCAACAAACUCGGUGGAUUGACACACCGAUAGCCUGGUUUAGUUAGCAUUUCUCUCGCCUGCAUCUACGCAGGGUCAGGCCAGAGAUGCCGGCCUGAGAGAGCAGCACUUUUAUCAAAAGAUGCAACAGCAACAACGUCUUGCUCAACAACACCAGAAGCAGACGGAAAGCACAAAAACCAAGAGCAUGUUUCUGUCUAGGGCGCUGGAAAAAAUCCUGUCGGAUAAGGAGGUGAAGCGGAGCCAGCACAGCCAGCUGCGUAAAGCAUGCCAAGUGGCUCUUGAUGAAAUUAAAAUUGAGCUUGAGAAGCAAAAAGAUGGCACAGUGGUCCCGCCCCGAGCAAACUACAUUGAGGCUGACAAAUAUGUGCUUCCUUUUGAGCUUGCCUGUCAAUCUAAGUCUCCACGCAUUGUCAGCACCUCGUUGGACUGCUUACAGAAGCUCAUUGCGUAUGGCCACAUCACAGGCAACGCCCCUGACAGUAGUGCUCCAGGGAAGAGGCUCAUCGACCGGCUGGUGGAGACCAUCUGUAACUGUUUCCAGGGCCCACAGACAGACGAGGGGGUGCAGCUGCAAAUCAUUAAGGCUCUCCUAACUGCAGUGACCUCCCCUCACAUUGAGAUCCACGAGGGGACUGUUCUACUGACUGUGCGUACCUGUUACAACAUCUACCUGGCCAGCCGCAACCUCAUCAACCAGACCACCGCCAAGGCCACUCUCACACAGAUGCUCAAUGUGAUCUUCACCCGCAUGGAGACACAGGCGGCUCUGGAGUCUCACGAGCAGGAGAAGGAUAGACUGUGUUUGCCCCAUCAGAACCCUUCCACUUCCCCUGGGCGAAUAUGCGGUUCUCCCCGGUCAGACCGCACCCAAGACUUAAGCGGGACGCCAUCUCCUGCGGCCAGCACCCCAGACCUCCAUACCAUGCCCCUGGCCCCAGACACACCCUCCAUCAAUGGCCAACCAGAGGAGUCCAAGACUGAGGAGGAUGUGGCUGUUACAGAGGAGAAAAGGGAUGAGACACCACCUCCAGUUUUUGAAGAUCCAGUUUCAGAGACCCCAACAACCGUAAAACAGCCAGUCGAGGAAGGGCAUGAGGUGGGGCAGGGGGAGAAAUCAGAAGUAGGAGGGGAUGAGAAACCAGAAGUCGAUUCAAAGCCAACAGAGCAACCAACGAGUGAGGAAGUGGCUCCAGCACCUGAACCAGAGUCACAGCCCCAGACCACACCAGAAGGGGAUCAUCUCCCUGAGCAGACAGAGGUGGUGCCCCCUAGACCCAGGACAGAUACGAACCAAAUGAACGGCAUUAUGGAUGACCGUGGUUCAGUGUCUUCUACAGACAUCCUGGAUGCAGAGUCUAUGCAGGGUGGCCAGAACACUGCUCGUUUCUCCCACAUCCUGCAGAAAGACGCCUUCCUGGUCUUCCGCUCCCUCUGCAAGCUCUCCAUGAAGCCCCUGGCAGACGGACCCCCUGACCCAAAGUCUCAUGAGCUGCGCUCCAAAGUGGUGUCUCUGCAGCUGCUGCUGUCUGUGCUGCAGGGGGCAGGGCCAGUCUUCCGUACCCACGAGAUGUUUGUCAAUGCCAUCAAGCAGUACCUGUGUGUGGCCCUCUCCAAAAACGGGGUGUCCUCUGUGCCCGAGGUGUUUGAGCUCUCCCUCGCCAUCUUCCUCACUCUUCUCUCCCACUUUAAAGUCCACCUCAAGAUGCAGAUCGAGGUGUUUUUCAGGGAGAUUUUCCUGACCAUUCUGGAAACAUCGUCCAGCUCCUUUGAACACAAGUGGAUGGUCAUUCAGACCCUCACACGGAUAUGUGCAGAUGCUCAGUGUGUGGUGGAUAUCUACGUAAACUACGACUGUGACCUGAACGCUGCAAACAUCUUUGAGCGGCUGGUGAACGAUCUAUCUAAGAUUGCCAUGGGGAGGAGUGGCCAGGAGCUAGGGAUGACCCCUCUACAGGAGCUGAGUCUGCGUAAGAAGGGUCUGGAGUGUUUAGUGUCCAUUCUGAAAUGCAUGGUGGAGUGGAGCAGAGACAUGUAUGUCAACCCCAACCUGCAGGCCAACCUCGGCCAGGAGCGGCCGUCAGAUGGUGAGGGUCCGGAGCUGAAGCUUCCUGACCACCUGGCGUCUCGUCGAGACAGCGUCAGUUCUCUGGACUCCACCAUGUCAUCUAGUGUCCAGUCCUCCCAGCCUGACCACCCAGAACAGUAUGAGGUCAUCAAACAACAGAAGGACGUCAUUGAGCACGGCAUUGAGCUUUUCAACAAAAAGCCCAAGCGAGGUGUCCAGUUCUUACAAGACCAAGGCAUGCUGGGAAACACAGCAGAGGACAUUGCCCAGUUUCUACACCAAGAGGAGCGCCUGGACACAACCCAGGUGGGGGAGUACCUGGGGGAGAAUGUGCGUUUCAACAAGGAGGUGAUGUACAGCUACGUGGACCAGCUGGACUUCUGUGGCCGGGACUUUGUCUCUGCUCUGAGGGCUUUCCUGGAGGGCUUCCGGCUCCCCGGAGAGGCCCAGAAAAUUGACAGGCUCAUGGAGAAGUUUGCUGCCCGAUAUCUGGAGUGUAACCAGGGACAGACUGAGUUUGCCAGUGCAGACACGGCCUACGUCUUGGCCUACUCCAUCAUCAUGCUCACCACCGACCUGCACAGUCCACAGGUGAAGAACAAAAUGACCAAGGAGCAGUACAUCAAAAUGAACCGUGGUAUCAACGACAGUAAGGACCUGCCUGAGGAGUACCUGUCCUCCAUAUACGAUGAGAUCGCUGGCAAGAAGAUCGCCAUGAAGGACAGGAAGGAGCACACGAUCACACCCAAGACUAGCAAGCACAGUGUAGCCACUGAGAAGCAGCGUCGUCUGCUGUAUAACGUGGAGAUGGAACAGAUGGCCAAGACAGCCAAGGCCCUGAUGGAGGCUGUGAGCCACGCCCAGGCUCCCUUCUUCAGCGCCACCCACCUGGAACACGUCCGGCCCAUGUUUAAGUUGGCGUGGACCCCUCUCUUGGCAGCCUUCAGCGUGGGGCUGCAGGACUGUGAUGACCAGGAGGUGGCCUCUCUGUGUCUGGAGGGGAUCCGCUGUGCCAUCAGGAUCACCUGUAUCUUCAGUAUGCUGUUGGAGAGGGAUGCGUAUGUCCAAGCCUUGGCUCGGUUCACCCUGCUCACAGCCAGUUCCAGCAUCACUGAGAUGAAGCAGAAGAACAUCGACACCAUCAAGACCCUUAUCACUGUGGCCCACACAGAUGGAAACUACCUGGGCAACUCUUGGCACGAGAUCCUGCGGUGUAUCAGCCAGCUGGAGUUGGCCCAGCUGAUUGGCACAGGGGUGAAGACACGCUACAUCUCUGGAGUGGUCCGGGACAGUCAGGCUGGCAUCAAGGGUUUCCCAAUCGGGGGAGAGGAGUUCAUGCCCCUGGGACUGGGGACCCUGGUGGGAGGUCCAGACAGGAGGCAGAUGGCUCAUAUCCAGGAGUCUGUGGGAGAGACCAGCUCUCAGAGCGUGGUGGUGGCUGUAGACAGGAUCUUCACUGGUUCCACAAGGCUGGAUGGAAAUGCAGUUGUGGACUUUGUGCGGUGGUUGUGUGCUGUCUCCAUGGAUGAACUGGCCUCUGCUCACCAGCCGAGGAUGUUCAGUCUGCAGAAGAUAGUAGAGAUCUCCUACUACAACAUGAACCGCAUCCGCCUGCAGUGGUCACGCAUCUGGCAGGUCAUCGGAGACCACUUCAACAAGGUGGGCUGCAACCCCAAUGAGGACGUGGCCAUCUUUGCCGUGGACUCUCUGAGGCAGCUGUCCAUGAAGUUCCUGGAGAAAGGAGAGCUGGCUAACUUCCGCUUCCAGAAGGACUUCCUGCGGCCAUUUGAACACAUCGUGAAGAAGAACAGAUCUCCCACUAUCAGGGACAUGGUGAUCCGCUGUGUGGCCCAGAUGGUCAACUCCCAGGCAGCCAACAUCCGGUCCGGCUGGAAGAACAUCUUCUCUGUGUUCCACCAGGCCGCCUCGGAUCACGACGAAAACAUUGUGGAGCUGGCCUUCCAGACUACUGGCCACAUAGUCAUGAUCACGUUUCAGCAGCACUUUGCAGCAGCCAUAGACUCCUUCCAGGAUGCAGUGAAGUGUCUGUCUGAGUUUGUGUGCAACGCUGCCUUCCCUGACACCAGUAUGGAGGCCAUCCGGCUCAUACGCCACUGUGCUAAAUAUGUGGCUGAACGGCCGCAGGCUCUGCGGGAGUACACCAGUGAUGACAUGAACGUGGCCCCAGGGGACCGGGUGUGGGUGAGAGGUUGGUUCCCCAUCCUCUUUGAGCUGUCCUGCAUCAUCAACCGCUGCAAGCUGGACAUCAGGACGAGGGGUCUGACUGUGAUGUUUGAGAUUAUGAAGAGCUAUGGACACACCUUUGAAAAGCACUGGUGGCAUGACCUUUUCCGCAUCGUCUUCCGCAUCUUUGACAAUAUGAAGCUCCCUGAGCAACAGACGGAGAAGCACGAGUGGAUGACCACGACCUGUAACCACGCCCUGUACGCCAUCUGUGACGUCUUCACCCAGUUCUAUGAGCCUCUCAGUGAGGUCCUGCUGGCUGACAUCUUCACUCAGCUGCAGUGGUGUGUCAAACAAGAUAAUGAGCAGUUGGCCCGGUCAGGGACUAACUGCCUAGAGAACCUGGUCAUCCUGAAUGGGGAGAAGUUUAGCCCAGAGGUGUGGAACACCACCUGCUCCUGUAUGCUGGACAUCUUCCAGACCACCAGCCCACACGCCCUGUUGACAUGGCGACCAGCUGGUCAGGAAGAGGAGGCUGGUGAUGGGAAACAUAUGGAUGUAGAUUUUGACACCCAAUCCCAGAGCAGCUAUGACCGAGCCCUGUCAGAGAGAGGAGGUCAGAGCCAAAUGUCCACUGCCAGCGAUGAGACCUGGAAGGGUAAACCCCAUGCCAGAGUGUCAGACCAGAAGCUGUUUGCUGGACUGCUCAUCAAGUGUGUGGUGCAGCUGGAGCUGAUCCAGACCAUUGACAACAUUGUCUUCUACCCGGCAACCAGCAAGAAGGAAGAUGCCGAAAAUAUGGCUGCUGCACAGAGGGAUACUCUGGAGGAGGCUGCAGAGGAAGGGGACCCUGGACAGGGGGAGCAAGGCAUGUACAGACACCUCUCCUCCCAGCACCUUUUCAAGCUGCUGGACUGCCUGCUGGAGUCACACACCUUCGCCAGAGAUUUCAACUCUAACAACGAGCAGAGGACUGCACUCUGGAGAGCAGGAUUUAAGGGGAAGUCGAAGCCCAAUCUGCUAAAGCAGGAGACCAGUAGCCUGGCCUGUAGCCUGCGUAUUCUGUUCCGUAUGUACUGUGACCGGCAGCUCCAGGACUCCUGGCCUGACAUCCAGACACGACUGCUGCUCGUGUGCAGCGAGGCCCUGGCCUACUUUAUCAGCCUCACCUCUGAGAGCCACAGAGAGGCCUGGACAAGCCUGCUCCUCCUGCUGCUCACCAGGACUCUUCGACUGACCGACAUCAAGUUCAAGCCUCAUGCCUCCUGUUACUACCCGCACCUGUGUGAGAUGAUGCAGUUUGACCUGAUCCCAGAGCUCCGCGCCGUCCUACGCCGUUUCUUCCUCCGCAUCGGCUCCGUCUUCCACAUCGCUGCUCCUGAGAUGGGCCAGCCACAGCCCCCGGCACCCUAGGAGGGUCUGGAGAUGGAACGGGGAGGCUGGUGGGACUCUGAGGUGUAUGGGUGCUCCCCUAUCAGAAGUAGGGGAGUGUGUAGUGAUGCAAGAGAUCCAAGCAAAGAUUGUUACCCUCAGGGGCAGAUGCUUUGAAAGUCAUCAGUUCCUGUUUAUCUCCUGCAAAGGAAAGGCUUGGAGUGUUGGUGAUAAGUUCCGGUGCCCUACUGACUCCCCCUAGAAGUUCUAGAGCCCCUGCUGGGAGAAAAGCACUGUGACGGGACAGAGCUCUCUACAAACUGUUUCUCAACACUCUGACGUUAAAUGUCAAAUGUAAUGGAAAAUGAACUACAAUUAUUUAUUGAUGCUAUUUUAUAUGUAUAUACACACACACACACAGUGCAUUCAGAUAGUAUUCAGACCCCUUGACUUUUUCCACAUUUUAUGUUACAUCGUUAUUCUAAAAUGGAUUAAAUCGUUUUUCCCCCUCAUCCAUUGACACACAAUAAUAACCCAUAAUGACAGCAAAAAGGUUUUUAGAAAUGUUUGCAAAUGUAUUAAAAAUAUUUCUUUAAACAAUAACAUUUACAUAAGUAACCCUUUACUCAGUACUUUGUUGAGUCUUGGGUAUGAAGCUACAAGCGUGGCAUACCUGUAUUUGGGGAGUUUCUCCCAUUUUUCUCUGCAGAUCCUCUCAAACUCAGUCCGGUUGGAUGAGGAGCGUUGCUGCACAGCUAUUUUCAGUUCUCUCCAGAGAUGUCGGCUUGGGUUCAAGUCCGGGCUGUGGCUAGGCCACUCAAGGACAUUCAGAGACUUGUCCCGAAGCCAUGCCUGCGUUGUCUUGGCUGUGUGCUAAGGGUUGUUGUCCGGUUGGAAGGGGAAAAUUUGCCCAAGUCUGAGGUCCUGAGCACUCUGGAGCAGGUUUUCAUCAAGGAUCUCUCUGGACUUUGCUCUGUUCAUCUUUCCCUCGAGCCUGACUAGUCUCCCAGGCCCUGCCUCUGAAAAACAUCUCCACAGCAAGAUGCUGCCACCACCAUUUUAUUUUAUUUUAUUUUAUUUUACCUUUAUUUAACCUUUAUUUAACCAGGCAAGUCAGUUAAGAACAAAUUCUUAUUUUCAAUGACGGCCUAGGAACAGUGGGUUAACUGCCUGUUCAGGGGCAGAACGACAGAUUUGUACCUUGUCGGCUCGGGGGUUUGAACUUGCAACCUUCCGGUUACUAGUCUAGCGCUCUAACCACUAGGCUACCCUGCCACCCCUGUAUUUGGGGACCAUGGCACCAUCCCAUGCUUAGGGAUGGUGCCAGGUUUCCUCCAGACGUGACAAUUGUCAUUCAGGCCAAAGAGUUAAAUCUGGGUUUCAUCAGACCAGAUAAUCUUGUUUCUCAUGGUGUGAGAGUCUUUAGGUGCCUUUUGGCAAACUCCAAACGGGCUGUCAUGUGCCUUUUACUGAGAAAUGGCUUCCGUCUGACCACUACCAUAAAGGCCUGAUUGGUGGACUGCUACAGAGAUUGUUAUCCUUCUGGAAGGUUCUCGCAUCUCCACAGAAGAACUCUGGAGCUCUGUCAGAGUGGCCAUCGGGUUCUUGGUCACCUCCCUGACGAAGCCCCUUCUCCCCAGAUUGCUCAGGCCGGCCAACUCUAGAAAGAGUCUUGGUGGUUCCAAACUUCUUUCAUUUAAGAAUGAUGGAGGCCACUGUGUUCUUGGGGACCUUCAAUGCUGCAGAAAUGUUUUUGUACCCUUCCCCAGAUCUGUGCCUCGAAACAAUCCUGUCUCGGAGCUCUACGGACAAUUCCUUCGACCUCAUGGCUUGGUUUUUGCAGACAUGCACUGUCAACUUUGGGACUUUAUAUAGACAGGUGUGUGCCUUUCUGAAUCAUGUCCAAUCAAUUGAAUUUACCACAGGUGGACUCUCAAGUUGUAGAAACUUCUCAAGGAUGAUCAAUGGAAACAGGAUGCACCUGAGCUCAAUUUUUUUUUUUUUUUUUAUAAAUGCAAAAAUGCCUUAACCUGUUUUCACUUUGUCAUUAUGGGGUAUUGUGUAUAGAUUGAUAUGGAGAAAAAAAAAUCCAUUAUAAAAUAAGGCUGUAAUGUAACAAAAUGUUGAAAAAGUCAAGGGGUCUGAAUACUUUCUGAAGGGACUGUGUGUGUGUGUAUAUAUAUAUAUAUAUCUAUCCUGUACCUGAUUUUGUUUGUCCCAUUUGUUGAUUUGAUUACUUUCUGUUUAUAAGACUGAACAAACAUGCAUAUUCAAAUGCUAAAGCAAAAAAUAAUAAUUACUGAAUAUGCUGAAAAGUCCACUGGCAGAGAGGCUCAUUGGAAACCUGUGUCGAUAAGCAAAUGAUAAUACAUUUAAGUAUCCUCAGUGUCUCCCAUUGUGAUGCGCUUGUUGAUCUGAUCCAAAAAUAUUGUAACUGAUAGGCCUGAUACCAAGGCUCAUCCCUAUUACUGUCCCUUUUCGUUAUGUAAAAUGUCUUCUUCAUUUGAUGUUAUUGGUGGUUGGUUUUUGGCCUCCUGUGUUAUUUGUAUUGUAGUACAACCUGUAUUGAGUGUCCCACUCUGAGAUGGGCAUUGAUGGGAAUGGCUUGCUGUGUUCGGGGCUCCACGGGUUCCAGAGUGAGUCCUAAUGGAUAAGCCCUAUGGCUGCACUUGUUCCCCUGCCACCAUUCCCCAUUAAUCACAUUGUGUGAAUCACUAUGGCCUGUUUUAACAUUCCCUAUUUUACUCAUUUGUUAUUUUUUUAUAAUUUUAAAGUGAUUAUUACAUGCCAGUUUACUUGAGGGGCUUGUUGAAAGGGGCUUGUUGAGGGGCUUGUUAUUUUUCAAAUGUCCUAUGUUUUCUCCCCAAACUGAGUCUUGGAGGGUUCCAAUGUUCUGAGUGCAACUAUUAAUUAAUUGCUAUUUUCUAGAAUGAAUCUAUUGUCCUGUAAAGGGUCUUCAAGGCAAUGCCCAUGAUAUAUAGCAAGGAUGAGAUUUUAUUAUCCCAUUAAACUGUUCUAUUUUUCUAUCUCCCUGUUCUGUUUUACACCUAUUGAGUCUGUGUGAACAGAGCCCUCUCAUGUAUUAACUUCCCAGUACUUUAUCAGCCUGUCAGUGAAAAUACACCAGACAGGAGAAAGAAUGAAGCAAAACCAAACAUUACUCCUAAACAUGUUGGUGUAUAGCUAUCCACUUUACCAUUUGUAGUUUAAUACUGUCUACAUUUUUUUUUUAAAGCAAGGAUGUAUGUAAUUAUUUGAAGUGCAUUUAAAUAUUUUUAAGAAGCAUUCCUCCCCCUUCCAACUAUAGAAUUCUACUUUCCCCUAAAGAAUGGGGAUCUAUAUAUAAAUAUACAGUAUAUGGGAGAAAUACAAACUGUAAAAUAAUUAUACAUAUAAGUGCUAUACAUAUUGUGAUGUAAUCUUCCAAGCAUUUGGUUAAGUAUUCAAUAAACCUUGAAUUCAGAUCUA